UCCCCAUCACCUCUUUUUAUUUUUGUGAGAACUAAGGAGGGUUUUUUUUUUUAACCUGAGAUGCUUUCUCAGGUUAUAGUUUUGCUUCUAGAUUCCAUUUUUAUCUGAUCUUUGCUUUGAUUGUGGCUCUUCCUUCUGUUCCUCAAGGUUAUCCCUACCUCAUGCAUGGGAUAGACAGAGAACUGAUGGCAACUGAGUCCAAGUUCUUCUCCAGGGACCUUCCCUUAACAUAAACAUCAUCCCUUGCCCCUUCACUGAUUUCUAUUUAGUGUAGUGUCAAACGUGGCUGUGUCUUAUUGGCAGGAUGGAGGUGGGUGGGGACUCUUGUCUAUUUGUCUGUCUGUCUGUCUCUCAGCCCCUUGAAUACCACCCUCGAGCGCAACAUGGUCUCCCUUUUCGCUGAAGUUUCAGGCCUCAGCCCAGACCUCCUCACUGAUAUGGAUGAUGGUGCUGAUUUGCAGGGGGAUGCCUUAGAAACCUUGAUAGCAGAAAACGCUCAGCUUCAAGAAGCACGAAUCGCUCUGGAUACAGCCCGCCGCCACCUUAUUAACCGUGUGGAGGAGCUCAGCGAAGAGCGCGAAUCUUUACGGAUGGAGAAUGAGAGAUCAUUGAUUGAACUGCGUAGCAGCCAAAUGCAGCUGAAAGAAGCUGAGUUGGAAAUUCUUCGGAUCCGGCAGGAAUUUAAGGAAUCAAGGCGUUCCAGUGAGGAAGGAGAG